AUGUCUGACAGCAAUCCUCCGGCGGAACCAAACAGAAACAGGAAACGGAAGAGCGACGCGUCUUCAGAUACACCGUCUUCAUCUUCCCGUCCUCCACAACCUGUACCGGUCUCAAGCGGUUCUUCAGCCCCAUCAUCAUCGUCCAUCACUGUUGAAAACGUCAUUGGAACCUUGAGAAGACCCCUUGGAGACGGAAAUCUUGAUGAGGAUAAGAUUGCUGCAAAAAUUCUGAAAUUCACAGAGAAAUAUGGCGAAAAGAAAUGUGGAGAUAGAAAACUCGAAAUGAAAAAACCGUUUAUGGAAACAAUUAGAGAAGAGGAAAGCCACGAUUCUUCAAAUACACCGUCUUCAUCUUCUCGUCCUCCACAACCUGUACCGAUUUCAAGCGGUUCUUCCACCCAAUCAUCAUCAUCCAUCACUGUUGAUGAAGUCAUCGUAAUCUUGAGUACUCCCCUUGAAGGAAGAAAUCUCAAUGUGAAAAAUAUUGCUGAAAAAGUUCUGAAAUUCACAGUUGAAUAUGGCGAAAAAGUUGCUGCUUCGAUUGGGAAAACUUGGUCAACGAUUCGAACGGAAAUGGAGUAUCGCAUUCAUCCAUUCACUCAUGCGAAUCGACAAAAGGAAAUAAGCGAGAAAGAACAAAUUCCGUACCUGCGAUUGACAAAUUGGUUCGAGUACUAUGAGGAAAGUAAAGAGAAGGAAGCGGUUCUAAAUUUGCACAAGAAACUGUAUGAAAGAUGGGAAGUAUUGGCGCUGUUAGACAGUAAUACUCCGACGGAACCAAACAGGAAUAGAAAACGGAAGAGCGAUUCGUCUUUAAAUGCACCGUCUUCAUCUUCUCGUCCUCCACAACUUGUACCGAUCUCAAGCGGUUUUUCAGCCCCAUCAUCAUUGUCCAUCACUGUUAAAGACGUCAUUUUAACCUUGUGUACUCGCCUUGAAGGAAGAAAUUUCAAUGUGGAUAAGAUUGCUGAAAAAGUUCUGACAUUCACAAAGGAAUAUGGUUUAAAAGUUGCUGCAUCGAUUGGGCAAAAUUGGGACAUAGUCCGAGAGGAAAUGAAUCUUCGUUUAGCGGUUCAAUACAAGGAUAUGGAGGAGGAAAAACAAAUAAUGUACUUGCGAUUGUUCAACUGGUUGGCUUACUAUGAGGAUAGUCAAGUGAAAGAAGAAGUUUUAAACUUGCAUCUGGAACUGAACGAGAGAUGGUUAGAAAUAAAAUACGAAAAGAAGUGGAAAGAUAAUCUUACCAUUUAUGGCGUUUGGAAAAAACUGAGGAAACCUCUUGGAAUUAGAACAAUCGAUGUUGAAGAUGUCAUUGCACGAGUCAAUAGAUUCACUGAACCAUAUAGAAAACGAAUGAAAAGAAUCGCUCCUUCGAUUGGUAAAAGUUAUGCAACUUUUACACAUCAAAUGGCACAUCCCUCCGGAAAAAGAUACGAGGAAAUGACUCCAGGCCUACAAGAACUCUACGUCCGAUUGUUCAAUUGGUUGGAAUUAUAUAAGGAAGAGUGGCAGAGAGUAUCGGUUUUACAAAUGCAUAAAGAACUGUGGAGAGAAUGGUCCGAAAAAGAAGAAGAAAAGCAAAAGGAAAGAACGAAAUGGAUAGUCAAAUCCAGUCUUAAUAAUUUUCACGACGCUCAUCGAUUUGAUUUAGGUUUAGAUUGA